AUGAAUAAAAAGUAAGGAUCAUAUGCUAGUGUACUUAAAGAGAAGAUAAAGCUUAUGGAUAUUUUUGGUUAAUCCAUAUAAUUAAGCUUUAGAUAGGAAGAACAACAUACUACUUUUGUUGGAGGAGUAGCUUCAAUAUUGGUAUUGGCAACAAUUAUCAGUUUUUUCUACUCGAACAUUAUAGGAUUUUUUACAAUGAAUUAAGUGAAAUCCUCGACAGAAAUGAUUUUUGAAGAUGAUCCUGGAAUGAUCUAACUAAAUUCUAACUCCUUUAUGUUUGCUAUUUAAAUUGAGCAUGACAAUUUCGUUGACACUCCCUAUUUUAACAUCACCGUGGAAUAGAGACACUAUAAAAAUCAAAAUGGCACUCUUACCAAACUACCUAAUGAAUAUAUAGAUUUAGUAAUUUGCACCCAAGAGCACUUUUAAUAAAUAUUCUAGUCUUCCAACAUAGAUAAUGCAGAGUAAUUCAAAGAUUUGAACAUGACGAACUUCCUGUGUCCCAAUAUUGAAAAAAGAAAUGUUUGGACAGUAGGCGGUGCAUAUACAAGUUCUGAUUAUUAUUUCUUAAAGUUUUCAGUUACUAAUUGUGUAAAUGAUACGUAAAGUAAUUUCACAUGGAAGCCGAAAUGCAGAACUUAGGAUGAAAUGUUCACAUAGUUGAAAGCUUAGGGUUCUUUUAGAUUUCAAUUAUUCACUACAAAUUUUAUUGUAAAUCCAGAUUCCCCAUAUGAGUAUAUCUCACCUUACUUGGCAAUUGAACAAUUUUACACAUUUGUACCAAAUCAAAUGUUUGUUUAAUCUGAUAUCUUUGUUAGGGAGAAAAGAAUCAACACAGAUAAAGGUAUUUUAAUGUACCCCAUGAACCUCGAAGAAACUGUAGCCUAUAGAGAACACAUGGAUAGCAGAUAAUAAUUUGAAAUCGGAGGACUUAAUAGUAAUUAUUAUGCUGCUUUCUACUUGUAAAGAAGUCCUUUUAGCUAUAAUAUUUCUAGAAGUUUUGUAACUCUGGAUGAAUUAUUAAGUUAUUUGGGAGGGUUCUCAUAAUUUAUGACCGUCAUUUUAGGAAUGAUAAUAAACGCUUACAAUAAACAGAGUCUCUUGUUGUAGUUGGCAAAUGAUUUAUAUGAGUUUAAUUUCUCAGAACAACAAGAAAAUACUAGAGCUUUCAUUUCAAAUUUGUUAUAGUAGUCAAGACACGGAAGAGAAAUGAUUAAAUAGAAAGGUCAAACAAAAGAAUUAAAGAUCCAAUCGAUCAAUCCUUUUAAGUCUAAACCUUAAAUGGAUUAAAAAAUCUCCCAAGUGAUUUCACCUUAACAAACUCAGAAUUAGUUUAUAUAAAUUUCAUCAACAAGGUAGCUUUAAAGCAUGAAAGAGAAAACUUAUGAUCAAUAUGAAAAGUUCAAAUCAUUCAUGAUAAAUUAAAAGAAAUUAACUUUAGGGUUAAGGAUAUUGUUAGGGGAUCUGUUGCCAUUUGAUUGUUUAUAGGACCCAGAGAGUGUUCUAUUUAAAAAGGCUAUGAAUCAAGUUAGCAAAGAGUUAGAUAUACGAUAUAUCAUGAAUUAAUUACACGAAAUUACAAAGCUAAAAAAAGUGAUGUUCAGCAGAGAAUAAUUUUAACUCUUUAAUUUUAGCCAUAAACCAACAAUAAGUUUAGUAAAAGAAAAGAAAAAUAGAUUAUCAUCAAAAUUAUUAUAUUUGGGUGAAGAGGAAGCAGUUAAUAAUGAAUUGCAAAUUUAAUAUAACACAUUAGUAUAAGCAUAUUCCAAAUUAACGUCUUGUGAUACAGCAUUCACAGAUGACCAGAUCUAGUUAAACUAAAGAAUCAUCGGACUUUUGGGAAGGGAUUUACCUCUAUGGAUAGAAAUGGAAUUGUAGUAAGAAAAUUCAGAAUCCAUAAAGGAGCCUGAACCAGAUGAUUUAGAUGAAUUAUCAAAAACUUGA